AUGCGGGUCAAGGUGCUGAGCCGCAACCCCGACGACUACGUGCGCGAGACCAAGCUGGACCUGCAGCGCGUUCCCAGAAACUAUGACCCUGCACUGCAUCCAUUCGAGGUCCCAAGAGAGUACACAAGGGCUCUGAAUGCAGCUAAGCUAGAACGUGUGUUUGCAAAACCGUUUCUCAGCUCACUUGAUGGCCACAGAGAUGGAGUUAAUUGCAUGGCCAAACAUCCAAAGAGUUUGUCAACAGUGCUGUCUGGAGCUUGUGAUGGAGAGGUUAAAAUCUGGAACUUGACCAAGCGACAAUGCAUUCGUACUAUCCAAGCCCACGAGGGCUUUGUUCGAGGCAUGUGCGCUCGCUUCUGCGGCAUGUCCUUCUUCACUGUUGGUGAUGACAAAACUGUGAAGCAGUGGAAAAUGGAGAGCCCAGAAUAUGGAGAGGAGGAAGAACCUAUUCAUACAAUUCUUGGAAAGACAGUGUAUACAGGAAUUGAUCACCACUGGAAGGAUGCAGUUUUUGCCACUUGUGGCCAACAAGUGGACAUUUGGGAUGAGCAAAGGACAAGUCCCAUGUGUUCUCUAACAUGGGGUUUUGAUAGCAUAAGCAGUGUAAAAUUUAAUCCCAUUGAGACAUACCUUUUGGGAAGCUGUGCUUCUGACAGAAAUAUUGUGCUGUAUGAUAUGAGAAAGUCAACUCCGUUAAAGAAGGUUAUCUUGAACAUGAGGACAAAUACACUGUGUUGGAACCCCAUGGAAGCUUAUGUUUUCACAGCAGCCAAUGAAGAUUACAACUUGUACACUUUCGAUAUGCGCUACCUUGAGUCACCUAUGAGGGUGCAUAUGGAUCAUGUGUCUGCUGUUCUGGAUGUGGAUUAUUCACCCACUGGGAAGGAAUUUGUCUCUGCCAGCUUUGAUAAGUCCAUCCGCAUUUUUCCUGUAGACAAAGGUCACAGCAGGGAGGUGUAUCAUACAAAACGAAUGCAGCAUGUCAUCACUGUGAAAUGGACUUCAGAUAACAAAUACAUCCUGUGUGGCUCAGAUGAGAUGAAUAUUCGUCUGUGGAAAGCUAAUGCUUCUGAGAAACUGGGAGUGCUUGCACCACGAGAGAAAGCAGCUAUGAAUUACAACCAGAAGCUUAAGGAGAAGUUCCAGUAUCACCCCAAGAUCAGACGCAUAGCUCAGCACCGGCACUUGCCCAAAAGUAUCUUCUGCCAGAUUAAGGAGCAGAGGAUCAUGAGAGAAGCUCGACGGAGAAAGGAACUGAAUCGUCGUAAGCACAGCAAACCAGGAUCCAUACCAGUGGUGUCAGAGAGGAGGAAACACAUUGUGGCAGUAGUGAAAUAAUUGUGCUCACCUGUACAAAAUGUCACAAUGAAAGAAAUCUUCUGUUGCCAUUUGCCUGUCUGAUGUCAGUCCAAGGCCCUGUAUUGCAGUGGAGUUUGGCCCUUGAGAGAAGCCAAACCAUUGGUAGUUGGUGGAGGAUACCUGUACUUCCAAUCCUAUUCCUUGGUGCCAUUACUACAAAAGAAGGAUGAAAGAGAUUCAGAUUUGUCAGAGGCAAGAAGCCUGCUCCAUCAGAGUUAUAAAAUCAGCUGUCUUUUUUUCUGUUUGGCCUUUGUUUUACACCUAAUAAAGUGAACAAGUGAUCUUAAGGCAAUGGACUAGAUCUUGAUUAUUCCAACUGACAAAUUUGCUGCCUCACAUUUAUUACAGGAAAGUGUAUUUUUCUUUUUCUUCAAAAGGAAUUCAGUGGGAUUCUCAGCUGCAUCUGUGAACAGUUCUGUUCUGACUUAAAUACUACGUGACUUGACAAAACUUG